UCACUCAGGCGAGACCACAUGUUUUUAACCCGGGUAAACUAAAGUGAAUGUUCAUUUUUCCAACAUGAAGCUGGCCUUGCUGUUCCUCGUCUGUUUGGCCUGUGUUCAACCUUCGGUAGAGCGGGCCGCAGGCUACUCAAAGUUUGAUAAGGGUUUGAAAGAAACUCUGAGGGAACUUAUGGAGGAACUGAGAACAGAUGAGGUGAAGGUUGAAGAGACGGGAAAACGAGGCGACAUCGAUGAUGAUGAUGAUGAUGAUGAUGAUGAUGAUGAUGAUGAAAACAACAUCGAUACAUCGCAUAUUGACAGUGAAUCCGAGGCCGAGGAUGACGCCGAGAGUCAGAGGGUGGAACUGCCGGGAGGGGAGGAGAAGCCACAAAAUAUUAACCCAAACUCCAAGGAAGAACAAAAAGAGGACAAUCUGGAUAAAUCUCAUCUCAGCGUAGGACUGGGUGGUGGACCGAAGAAGGAAUCAAAAUCGGCGUACAAAAGGAUUUUCGAGGAGUCUGCAACGUUAUGGACGGACGGCGUAAUUCCCUAUUCAAUCGACGAGGCCUCCUUCAGCGGAUAUCUCUCUACACUGAAGAGUCAACUUGCUGACGCAAUCAACCAGCUGAACUCUGACACAUGCGUCAAGUGGGUGGAGAGAACCACGGAGGAGAACUACGUUCUUAUCACUAGUGCUGACGGAUGCUGGUCGUAUGUUGGGAAGAUCGGUGGGGAACAGAAGAUUUCUCUCCAGAAGGACGGCUGUCUCACGGUUCAUACAGUUCUGCACGAAAUGCUGCAUGCAAUGGGAACGCAACACGAGCAGUCUCGCAGCGACAGAAUGAAAAUGACGUCCAUGUUAUGGAAGAACAUAGACACCGCAAAUCUGAAUAAUUUUGAUAUGGCGAAUACCAAGAACGCACAGCCCUACGACUACAAAUCUAUCAUGCAAUACGAACUACAAUCAUUCGGAAAGAAUGGGAAAAACUCCAUGUCCAUACCGGACAAGAGCUUUGAGUACCUUAUCACUAACACAAAAAAUGCCCUGUCCUUAUAUGACAUUGGCGAGAUUAACAGUGGCUAUAAAUGUACAGCUGAUUGCACCAAUACUUGUAAAAACGGUGGUGUUGUCACGAAAGGCAGCAGUGGCUGUUCUUGCAAAUGUCCUUCCGGUCUGAAAGGAAGCGAUUGCUCUGAGCUUGACACCAGUGAUGGAUGUGGUGAAUUUAUUACUCUGAGUAGCAGUGGGGACAAGAAAACAAUUAGCAUGGGUAGUUACACACCUGGUGUAGUAUGUACUUGGGUCAUCAAGGGACCAGCAAACACUCGUAUUAAAGCUACAAUUGAUUCGUUGGAUCUACCGUACAACUAUUACGACGACUGCUACCAUUGGCUAGAAUUUAAGGACUAUCUUAUAGGCGAUAGAGGCAAAGAGAGAUGUGGUACUCAAGGUGGGGCAAGUUUUACUAAGGCAAUGGUUGGCGACCCAGGCCGAAUGAUGAUUCGAUUCAAUACAGCUAAACACUCGGAUCAGGCUGCGGGAAAAGGGUUUUCUGUCACAGUAGAGGCAGUUGAGUCAGGAUGCGUUGGUUCUCCUUGUAAACACGGCGGAAAAUGUCAGGGUAACGGCGCUGGUUUUACUUGUACGUGUAAUAACGGAUUUUCCGGUACCAACUGCAACACACUGGCGGCCACUGCAACAACGACUUGUGAUUUCCAGAAAGAUUUUCAAACCUGUCUCUUCCAAGUGGACAAAUCAAAAUCAGCGUUUGAUUUCAGAUUCAUGAGUACUGUGGAUACUAGAUACCCUGGAAAUGAAGAUGGUUUCCAAUAUCUGUUGAUGAAUGGAAACAAAAAUCCUGGAAACAAAGCUUAUUUAGUCACUUCUGCUGAUUUUCAAGAGGCUGCAAGGUGUUUGAGCUUUAAAUACCUGUACAUUGAUCGGUACUACGAUGAUGGCUAUGAUGCUUCAAUGGUAUUCAAGUACAGGAACUCGGCGGGCACCGAAUCCACUCUGUUCACAAUUGGAACAACUGACGUCAGCUACAAUUCCUGGAAAACCAAAUCUUUAGAUGUACCCUCUGUGGGAGGUCUGCAGCUCAUCAUUGAAGCAAACGAAGGUUGGCAGAACAUUGCCUUGGACAACAUUUCUUUAAAAUCUGGAGCAUGUGCAUGAAGAGCAAAGGAAUGAAGUUUGUUUUUGAUACUGCACAAUAAAUCAUCAUUCCAAAA